AUGAUGCAGUUCCCUACCCUGCAAACUAAAUACGACCUACCGCACCGCAUGCUGUUCUCAUACCUCCAAAUCAAAUCGUGCCUCAAGAACAUACACCCCACAAAACAAAACAAAAAACCAUCCCAGACGCUAUCUCUUUACGAGAAAUUCUGUACAAACGCCUUGCCCCCCAAAAAAGUAAUAUCAUGGUGUUACAAAACACUCACACGCGCACAGAAAGAAGAGAAAAUCACGUAUAAAAUAGCCUGGCACAAAGAACUAAACCGAACAAUAGACGAUGAACAAUGGACAAGAGCGUAUUCGUCACACAAAGGUAGCACAUCCUGUACGAACCACCUAGAACUGCAAAGGAAAAUACAAUACCGCUGGUAUUUAGUACCAGCCAAAAUACACAGAAUAUGGCCACAAUCCUCUACGAAUAAAUGCUGGAGAUGCAACAUUCAUGAAGGAACAAUGCUACACGUAUGGUGGUCGUGUACCGCACUACAACCUUUCUGGCACAAAACGCACCAACUGAUUAAGCAAGUAACCAAGACCGACAUAAGACUCACAGAAGAAAUGUGCCUACUAUUCAUUCCACCAGACAACAUGGACAAAACCCAGUGGACAACGACAUACCACAUACUGAUCUCAGCAGCCAUGGUGAUAUCUAGAUUAUGGAAAUCGCCCACGACACCGAAUUUCAAAGCUCUUCUCAACCAAAUCAACCUAAACUGGCAAUAUGAGACCAUGCUCUCGAAACAACAUGGGUUGAAGAAAACGAUUUCCAAGGCAAACCUGAUGUGGAAAGAAUAUUGGGAACUCCAAGACAAGCAGAAAGAUACAUCACCACCCAACCAACAAAACCCGACAUCACCUACCCAGCUUAGCACACCCACACCCAACUGA